UUUGAGCCCUCGUCUUGAACCUUGCUUGCUAACGAAAUUGGCCAUCUCAAGUCUAAACUAAUUGGGAGUCGAAGUGUGCAUGAUUAAUUGAAGGCUGCAACGUGAAAUACUUCAGCCCUCGUCAUAAUUCCUGAACAAAGAACUUCACAAUUUCCUUCCCCUAUCACUGAUUUAAAUUCGUCCUUACGAAAUGUAAUAAUUAGUAAUGCCACCAAAUUUUCUAAUCCAAUUUCGGACUCACAUUCUCUUGUCUUUCUUUAAGUUGGAAUUACUUGAAUAGUUUCUUCUCCCUCGUCUUUUGUUGUUGGAUCCUCUUUUACAGUUUCCAGGAUCAGCCAAAGCUUGAUCGGCGAAAACUAGGCAGAUCAUUACUAUUGUUAUUAUUCAUUUUCAUCAAAUCUUCUUAGUGGAUACGUUGCUUGUCUUUUUAACUAAAUAAUUUAUAACAAGAACAAAGUCGUGAAGCAUUACCGAUCAUCAUCUUCCUCUAGAGAUUCAAGAAUCCCAAAUCACUGCCGCAAUGACAACGCCAUUCUACGGCAAAGAUGGGAUCUACAGGUCCCAAAAGCCACCCGUUGUCCUUCCAGAAGACCCCAACCUCUCUAUGGUCCCAUUUCUCUUCAGGAACUUCCCAUCCCUUUCUCAAAGCACUGCACUAAUUGAUGCCGCCACUGCUGAAUCCUUCACCUUCUUUGAUCUCCUAACCCAAGUUUCCAAGCUCUCGCAUGCCCUCCUUAAGCUUAACAUCAACAAGAACGAUGUUGUUCUCAUUUUCUCCCCAAAUUCAGUUCUUUUCCCCAUAUCAUUCCUUGCUGUUGUCGGCAUUGGUGCCAUCGCCACCACUGUCAACCCACUGUAUACCAUCAAUGAGCUAUCAAACCAAGUCAAUGACUCCAAUCCAAAACUUAUCAUCACUGUCAAUGAACUGCAUCACAAGAUCAAACACUUCAAUCUACCUUGUAUUCUACUAAGUCCUAAGGGAUCAUUUGAUGCGGCUGAUUCUUACAGUACUCUGUUUUGUCAUUACUCAGAUUUGAUUAAUUCAACAUCCCCUGCAUCGUCCGAUUCACCGUGGUCAUCAGCUGUACAAACUGAUGUUGCAGCUCUUCUGUAUUCAUCCGGGACAACGGGUAAAAGUAAGGGAGUUGUUUUGACACACAGAAACUUCAUUGCCACAGCAUCAAUGGUGACACGAGAUCAAGAAUGUUAUGGUAACUCCAAGAACGUAUAUUUAUGCUUCCUUCCCAUGUUUCAUAUAUUUGGAUUGUCUGUGGCUGUAUAUGCACAGCUGCAGAAAGGGAAUACGGUGGUAGUGAUGGAAAGGUAUGAGAUGGAGAAAGCAUUGCAUGCUGUUGAGAAGUAUAAAGUGACACACAUGUAUGCUGUGCCACCAGUGGUGGUAGCUCUGGGGAAGCAGAAAAAGGUGGUGAGUAAGUAUGACUGCUCAUCAUUGAGGGAAAUUGCAUGUGGGGCUGCACCUUUGGGGAAAGAUGUGAUUGAGGAAUGUGCCAAGAAUUUCCCUCAAGCUGUGAUUGUUCAGGGCUAUGGGAUGACGGAAACAUGUGGAAUUAUUUCAAGAGAGGAUGUAAAGACAGGACCUCCCCAUUCUGGUUCAACUGGAGUUCUUGUUCCUGCAGUGGAAUGCAAAAUACUGGAUGUGGAUACUGCAGAACCUCUUCCACCUUUCCAAAAGGGGCAGAUUUUGGUUCGUGGACAGAAUAUGAUGCAAGGUUAUUUCAAAAAUCAAAUAGCCACAAAUGAAACCAUAGAUAAGCAGGGCUGGGUGCACACUGGAGAUCUUGGCUAUUUUGAUGACAAAGGACUAUUAUAUGUCGUGGACAGGAUCAAAGAGCUUAUCAAGUAUAAAGGCUUCCAGGUGGCACCAGCAGAACUUGAAGAGCUUCUGCUAACUCACCCUGAGAUAUCAGAUGCUGCCGUUAUACCGCUCCCAGAUGCCGAAGCUGGGGAAAUCCCUGUAGCAUUUGUUGUUCGUUCAUCUAAUAGCUCUCUAACCGAAAGGGAAGUUCAAAAUUUCGUUGCAAAACAGGUUACACCAUAUAAGAGAUUGCAUAGAGUGAUUUUCUCUCGAAGCAUUCCCAAGUCAGCCUCAGGGAAGAUUCUGAGAAGAAAGCUCAGACAGAGAGCUCAGUCAAACUUGUAGAUGUUUGACUGAAGGCUAUAUGGUUUUGUUAUAAAUGCUUUCUGGUAUGUUGUGGUUGAAUAAUUGUGACUUUCUUCCCUCUUCACCAGUCUUGAUGACUUAACUGCUGUUUAAUUUAUGUAAUUUCUCUUUCUUUCUUAUCAUCCCCCUCCCAAAACCACGAAAAAAAAAAACAGUCUUGGUGACAAAUUAGCAGAACAUCCACUAUAAAUGCCUGUCUAUCUAUCUAUAUAUAUGCAACUUUAGUUACAUCAUCGUGCUUCUUGUCAAGUAAAUUCCACGAGAACAUAAUAUUCAAUAGCAAUAACAAUGCCGAAAUUAAACCACUAAUCCAGACUUAAGCAUGAUUAGGAAGAAGUUUUCGGGCAAUGAGGAUGCAAUGCAAUGCUGUCUUUUGCUUUGAAAUAUUCUUUUAAACAUCAAGCGCAGCAGAGUCCGAGUUGGAACAUGUAUGUAACUUUUUAACUCUAGUCCAUAAGAGACAACUACUGGAAUAGAAGCCUGAGAUUGUCGGGGAACUGAGACUGAAAUGUUCCAUGAAUGAAUGCCGGGGCUCCAAAGUCCAAUCCUGGUAGGUAACCAAGCAGCAAGGGCGGACUAAUUAGCAGAGUGUUUUUGAGUACUGAGUCUACUUGUUAUUUGAAUGUCUCCCCCUUUACUUAGCAACUGACACAAUCAGAAGAAAAUGCUUCUGCUUCUGCUCCUGCUAUUCUGCAACCUUGGCCCCUCCCAACCACCACGCGCACUGGUCCGUGAUGACCAAAAUCUGUAUCCAUGAAGGCACUUUAUGAAGCCCGGAUCAUUGACGAGUUCUUUUCCAGUACCGACCCUUUCUGCAAAGCGUAAUAUCAUUGCCUUUCUGCCCUCAUUUUGCACUUGUAGCCCACUGCUACCUCAGAAACGCAUGCAUCGAACCCUCGAAGUGUGGAUACUGCACCUGCUCUUUGUUGAUUGGGAAUAUUUAACUUAAAAGG